AUGUGUCUUCCUUCAGCUCUCAAACCUCUCUCUCUCUUUUUCUCUCUCUUACAAGUGAACAAUGGCUACGUGAUUAUCGACGAUUUUUGGCCUGCUGAAUACGCGCAAGCCAUGCGCGAUGCGAUUUUGGCCCUCCACAAGGUCGACGGCCUCGCCCCCAACCGCGUCUCGCUCGCAACUUCUGCUGGCCCCUUGGUUUUGACCAAGCCACACGUGUUUGAAGCGGACAUGCAUGACAAGACGGCCCAGGCCUUGUGCCCCCUCUUUGCCGAUUUUCUAGAUAAUGCCGAUGCCUUCCAAACGGCGUUGGCGCAACGCUUGCCCGCCCUCAAGCUUGUGCCCGCCGGUCGCCAAUCUCGCACUGUCAAACUCCAGUUUAACGAAGGGGGCGGUGCGUUUCCCUGGCAUUAUGACAACCCAAGUCGGCCCAAUGCACGCCGCUUGACCAUCUUAACCUACCUCAACCCUGACUGGGCUCCUGGGGAUGGUGGUGAGCUAGAGCUGCUCCCGUUUUUGGGUGAACCAACACGCAUCGAGCCUCGCAUGAACCGCGUCCUUCUGUUUUUAGCUGAUGAGCUUUUGCACAAGGUGAUACCUGCGGUGCAAAGGCGAAUGGUCUUCACGCUGUGGCUGGAUGGUGAGGCGACCAACACGGACGAUGUUGUGCAUCUCAAGGUCAAGCACCUCAAUCCCGAUGCCAUUCCACUUCUGACCGGCUCGCCUCUUCAGCGUAGCGUGUCACGCGCCGUUUACAGUGAUUUAUAUGAAGAGAGUUUGCGGGCAUGUUUUGGCGCAGAUUCGGCCGACCUUCGCAAAGCGCUGGCCUUGCACCGGGCGCACGUCAAGGCCUUGUUACAAAAUCAGGCGCUGGCUGACUUUGUGGCCGAGCUCAAGUCGCGACGUCCUUUCUAA